AUGGAAGACUUGGGUAUUCAUGAUUCAGUUGCAACACAACUUCCUACUCCAAUCAAGUUCAAGAACUCAAUUGAUGAGAGCGAUGUGUAUUUGAAAUUGAAGAAAUUACAAAAAGAAUUGGAUUUAUUGUUAUUACAAGAAGAUUACAUCAAAGAUGAACAACGUCAUUUAAAAAGAGAAUUAAUAAGAGCUCAAGAAGAAGUUAAAAGGAUUAAAUCAGUACCUUUGGUAAUAGGACAAUUCUUAGAACCUAUUGAUGAGAAUACUGGUAUUGUAUCAUCAACUACAGGAUCAAAUUAUGUGGUAAGAAUUUUAAGUACUUUAGAUAGAGAAUUAUUAAAACCUUCAUCAUCAGUUGCAUUACAUCGUCAUUCCAAUGCUUUAGUUGAUAUAUUACCACCUGAAGCUGAUUCUUCUAUUUCAAUUGUUGGAGAAGAUAAAAAACCUGAUGUUACAUAUGCCGAUGUUGGGGGUUUAGAUAUGCAAAAACAAGAAAUUAGAGAAGCUGUUGAAUUACCUUUAACUCAAGGUGAUUUAUAUAGUCAAAUUGGUAUUGAUCCUCCAAGAGGGGUUUUAUUAUAUGGACCUCCAGGUACAGGUAAAACCAUGUUGGUUAAAGCAGUUGCUAAUUCUUCAACUGCUUCAUUUAUAAGAAUAAAUGGUUCAGAAUUCGUACAAAAAUAUCUUGGUGAAGGUCCAAGAAUGGUAAGAGAUGUUUUCAGAUUAGCUAGAGAAAAUUCUCCUGCCAUUAUAUUUAUCGAUGAAAUUGAUGCUAUUGCUACUAAAAGAUUCGAUGCUCAAACUGGUGCUGAUAGAGAAGUUCAAAGAAUUUUAUUGGAAUUAUUAAAUCAAAUGGAUGGUUUCGAUCAAGAUUCAACUGUUAAAGUCAUAAUGGCCACUAACAGAGCAGAUACUUUAGAUCCUGCUUUAUUAAGACCUGGUAGAUUAGAUAGAAAAAUUGAAUUUCCUAACUUAAAAGAUAGAAGAGAAAGAAGAUUAAUCUUUUCAACAAUUGCUUCUAAAAUGGCUUUGGCCCCUGAAGCUGAUUUAGAUUCUUUGAUCUUAAGAAAUGAUCCUUUAUCAGGAGCUGUUAUUGCUGCUAUUAUGCAAGAAGCAGGUUUAAGAGCUGUGAGAAAGAAUAGGUAUAUGAUAUUACAAAGUGAUCUAGAAGAAGCUUACACUUCCCAAGUUAAAACCGGUAGUGAACAAGAUAAAUUCGAUUUCUAUAAAUAA